AUGUCCGAAAAUGAUUUUGACGUAGUGGUGCUUGGGACGGGGCUUACGGAAUCUAUUGUAGCAGCCGCAAUAGCCAAGGCUGGCCUGAGAGUGCUUCAUCUGGACGAGUCUCCUUACUAUGGCGAUAGGGAUGCGUCUCUCUCAGCCAUUGAAUUGCAUCAUCUCGUAAUGCAACCGAAAGCAUUUAUGGAGAAUGUCUCAGCCCCUGUUCCCAUCCCAGAGGCCGUCCUACGAGAGUCUCGGAACUAUUCAUUCUCGCUCUCGCCCUCCAUUUCCCCAUCUAUCGGUCCCUUUAUCGACACACUAGUCAAGAGUGGCGUCGCUCGAUAUGUACCAUUCAAGUUGCUGGAUGCGGUUGGGUUGUAUUCCGACACUGCGGAGAGGUCAAGUCAAGUGAGGCUGGUACCUGCCAGCAAAGAGGACGUGUUCAAGAGCAAGGAACUAGGAUUGCCUCAGAAACGCAAACUAAUGAAAUUUCUGAUGGGCGCCAAUAGUUCAGAGCGACACCCAGCACCGACCCAAGAGGGUGGGGAAUCCAGUCCUACAAAAACAACAUUUAGGGACUACUUGCAAAGUAAAGAGGUGGGAUUGGAUGCAGGCAUUGCUGACGCUAUUGCGUAUGCCUUGGCUCUUAGUACCGAUGCGAACGAGGAGAAAGAUUCGGCUAUCACCCGCCUCCAAAAAUACAUUCGGUCCACAGGAAGGCAUGGGAACUCGCCGUUUAUUGUCGGCCACUUUGGAGGAGCAGGCGAACUGGCUCAGGGAUUCUGUCGAGCUUGCGCCGUGGCUGGUGGCACUUACAUCCUAGGCCGACCGUUUACUAUAAACAGGAUUGACGCCAUUGAAUCACACUCCAGUGCGGAUGCGUCUUCUUCCUCCCCAAGUCAUUCAUUUCAGAUCAAGAUUGAUGAUGUGGAGGAACCUCUACGCGCAAGGGUCGUUGUAGGAGCGCAAGAAAGGCUUCAUGGUCUCUCCCUUCAAACGAACCUGCAACCAGAAAAUAUCGGCGAGACUGUUCUAGCCAGGUGUAUUGCGGUCUUAGAUGCUCCUGUCAGAUUCAGACCAUCGACUUCUCCUCAGAAAGUACCAACCGAAGAUUUCGAGAAAGAUGGGAUUGUCUAUCUUUCCGCUACCAUUAACCGACACUCUUCCGCUGAAGAGACACUGCAGCCUUAUCUUGCGGCCAUCAGAGAUAUGAAUCGAGGCGAGGACGAACCCAGCAAGCUGGACUGCAGUUUAUUCUAUACCGAGACGGUGGUGUCAAAAUCCGAGUCAGAAUCCCGCUACGGCCCUCCAGAAGAAUCACAGAAUUGCACGGUUCCGGUCAAGCGGCCUUCAUGGCACCUGGCCGAAUUUGGUGAUUCCGUUGCCGUGGAAGCCGAAAACAUCUUCUGGGUAGUCAUGAAAAUACUCGGCUUGGACGGAAGGGCGUCGGCAGGUAAACAAAAGGAAUCUCCUGGUUCAGAUUAUGCAGGGCAAGAGCAAGAGCUUGUGAUUGUAAUGUGGCCAUCGCUGGUCGACGAAGGAGUGGAAGAGUAA